GCAGAAGAGAAGAUCCUGGCUGAGUUCCGGGACUCCUGCCCGCACUACGUGCCCCAUGACCUGCACCUCCAGGCCAUGGUGCGCUCGGCCGGCAAGCUGGUGCUCAUUGACAAGCUGCUGCCCAAGCUCAAGGCGGGCGGCCACAAGGUGCUGAUCUUCUCACAGAUGGUGCGCUGCCUCGACAUCCUGGAGGACUACCUCAUCCAGAGGCGGUACCUGUACGAGCGGAUUGACGGACGGGUGCGGGGGAACCUGCGGCAGGCCGCUAUCGACCGCUUCAGCAAGCCUGACUCGGACCGCUUCGUCUUCCUGCUCUGCACCCGGGCGGGCGGCCUGGGCAUCAACCUCACGGCAGCCGACACCUGCAUCAUCUUCGACUCGGACUGGAACCCCCAGAAUGACCUGCAGGCACAGGCGCGCUGCCACCGGAUCGGGCAGAGCAAGGCAGUGAAGGUCUAUCGCCUCAUCACCCGCAACUCCUACGAGCGCGAGAUGUUCGACAAGGCCAGCCUCAAGCUGGGGCUGGACAAGGCCGUGCUGCAGUCCAUGAGCGGGCGCGAGGGCAGCAUCGCCGGGAUCCAGCAGUUCUCAAAGAAGGAGAUCGAGGACCUGCUGCGCAAGGGGGCCUAUGCUGCCAUCAUGGAGGAGGACGAUGAGGGCUCCAAGUUCUGUGAGGAGGAUAUUGACCAGAUCCUGCUGCGCCGCACGACCACUAUCACCAUUGAGAGUGAGGGAAAGGGCUCCACCUUUGCCAAGGCAAGCUUCGUGGCCUCGGAGAACCGCACAGAUAUCGCCCUGGACGACCCCAACUUCUGGCAGAAAUGGGCCAAGAAAGCGGACCUGGACCUGGACCUGCUCAACAGCAAGAAUAACCUGGUGAUCGACACGCCGCGCGUGCGGAAGCAGACCCGGCACUUCAGCACCCUGAAGGACGACGACUUGGUGGAAUUCUCGGACCUGGAGAGCGAGGAUGAAGAGCGGCCACGCUCCAGGCGUCAUGACCGCCACCACCCCCUGCACCACUCAUACGGGCGUACGGACUGCUUCCGCGUGGAGAAGCACCUGCUGGUCUACGGCUGGGGCCGCUGGCGAGAGAUCCUGUCCCACGGGCGAUUCAAGCGGCGCCUGUCGGAGCGGGACGUGGAGACGAUCUGCCGCGCCAUCCUGGUCUACUGCCUGCUGCACUACCGAGGCGACGAGAACAUCAAGGGUUUCAUCUGGGACCUGAUCAGCCCGGCUGAGAACGGCAAGGCCAAGGAGCUUCAGAACCACUCAGGCUUGUCGAUCCCCGUGCCCCGGGGGCGCAAGGGCAAGAAGGUGAAGUCCCAGAGCACGUUCGACGUUCACAAAGCCGAGUGGAUCCGCAAGUACAACCCCGACACGCUCUUCCAGGACGAGAGCUACAAGAAGCACCUCAAGCACCAGUGCAACAAGGUGCUGCUGCGAGUGCGGAUGCUGUACUACCUGCGCCAGGAGGUGAUUGGGGACCAGGCCAGCAAGGUGCUGGCUGGUGCUGGUGCCAGCGAGAUCGACAUCUGGUUCCCGCUGGUGGAGCAGCUGGAGGUGCCAACCGGCUGGUGGGACGCUGAGGCCGACAAGUCCCUGCUCAUUGGGGUCUUCAAGCAUGGCUACGAGAAGUACAACACCAUGCGAGCUGACCCCGCUCUCUGCUUCCUGGAGAAGGCCGGGCGCCCCGAUGACAAGGCCAUCGCCGCGGAGCACCGCCUGGAUGUGGGAGAGGGGGCGGAGUUUGACAAAGACUGCGAGGACCCUGAAUACAAACCGCUGUCCGGGCCGGCCAAGGAGCAGGACGACGAGGGUGAUCCCCUGAUGCUGCUGGACGAGGAGAUCUCGGUGGUGGAUGGGGAUGAAGGCCAGCCGGCCCAGCCCGGGCACCUGUUCUGGCCGCCGGGCUCAGUGCUCACGGCCCGCCUGCGGCGCCUCAUCACCGCCUGCCAGCGCAGUUACAAGCAGGAGCAGCUGAAGAUGGAAGCCGCAGAGCGGGGAGACCGGCGGCGCCGGCGCUGCGAGGCAGCUUGCAAGCUCAAGGAGAUGGUGCGCCGGGAGAAGCAGCAGCGGUGGACACGUCGGGAGCAGUCGGAUUUCUACCGCGUGGUGUCCAGUUUCGGGGUGGAGUACGACCCUGACACGCUGCGCUUCCACUGGGGCCGCUUCCGGGCGCUGGCCCGGCUCGACCGCAAGACAGACGAAAGCCUCACCAAGUAUUUCCAUGGGUUUGUGGCCAUGUGCCGGCAGGUGUGCCGGCUGCCCCCGGCCGCCAGCGACGAGUCCCCGGACCCCACGCUGUUCAUCGAGCCCAUCUCGGAGGAGCGGGCCUCCAGGACGCUGUACCGUGUGGACCUGCUGCGCCGGCUGCGGGAGCAGGUCAUGUGCCACCCGCUGCUGCAGGAGCGCCUGGCCCUGUGCCAGCCACCGGGCCCUGAGCUGCCCACCUGGUGGGAGUGCGGGCGGCACGACGGGGAGCUGCUGCAGGGGGCAGCACGCCAUGGGCUGAGCCAGACCGACACCACCAUCAUGCAGGACCCCGACUUCUCCUUUCUGGCCGCCCGCCUCAGCUACUUGCAUGGCCGGGCUGGGACGCCUCAACCCCCUGCAGGGGGUGCUGGAGCAGCCACAGCCUCCCCCCUGCCCCCCACGCCCGAGCUGCCGGCCCCGCUGCUGCCUGUGCUUCUCCCCAAGCCUGACUCGGCUGAUGACUCUGACUCGGAGCUCGACCUGGGGAAGCUCUCGCCCUCCACAUCCGGGUCGUCGUCGUCCUGCUCAGAGGACAGCGACGACGAGAGGGGUGAGUGUGGGACCCCCUGUACCCCUCCCCCUGGGGUUCCACCCCGUCCCCUCUGGGUCACCCAUACCCGACCUGAGCCAGGGAUCCCCUCUGCCCUCCAUGUCCGGGUCAUUGUCCUGCUCUGAGGACCGCGUGGAGUGUGGGACCCCCAUACCCCUCCUCCCUGUACCCAGACUGAGCUAGGGGUCUCCCUGAGCCAGCUCUGACUGCAAACGAGGGUGAGUGACCUGACCCCACAAGCCAGGUCUCUUCUUCACCCACCCACCCCCGCCUGUUCCAGUGACUGUGAUGAGAAGUGGGGGUGCCCUCCUGGACCACCUCCAGAAGCCCUUAAAGGCCAGGAAUUCU